GUGUUUGGUUUGCAUCCACAUAAGUUUAUCUGAAUCUCUCAGUCUCAGCCAUACAAGAACGGUAAAAAUGGCGACUUUUCUCAAGUCUGCUUAAUCUUUUUUUUAUUGAUUUUCUAACAGUCGGAAACAAAUAAGAAAAGAUCACGCAUCUCGUCUCUCUUCGAUCCAUUUUUAUUUUGUUGCACCAAGCAUUAAAAGGGAAUUAUUUUGGGGGAAAAUACUCUAUUUUUUUUUUGUUCUUUUCUCGUUGGGUAGAAUGGGAACGGUUCUCGAUUCGCACUUUCUGGCUCUCACUGCCAUUGUUACUGUGGUUUAUCAGUUUAUAUUCUUCGUAAUCACCGCUCUUUUCAAAAUCGAUCAAGUCACUGAUUUUGCAGGAAGCACAAACUUUGUUAUACUUGCUCUCUUGACUCUUAUUCUCAAGUCCACUUGGCAUUUUCGCCAGAUUGUCUUGACUUUGCUUGUUGUGGUAUGGGGACUUCGCUUGGGGAUUUUUCUUCUAAUGAGGAUCUUGCAAUGGGGUGAAGAUCGACGCUUUGAUGAAAUGCGUGGAAAUUUGGUGAAACUAAUAGUUUUCUGGACUCUCCAGGCCGUGUGGGUUUGGACAGUGAGCUUACCUCUAACUGUUGUUAACGCUGCAAGUGAUGGUGGAGGAUCUCUUAAACCCGCAGAUAUAAUCGGUUGGACGAUGUGGGUUUUCGGUUUCUUGAUUGAAGCUGCAGCUGAUCAACAGAAACUCUCUUUUAAAAACUCUCCAGAGAACAGAGGAAAAUGGUGUGAUGUUGGCGUGUGGAAGUAUUCAAGGCAUCCAAACUACUUUGGUGAGAUAUUACUUUGGUGGGGAAUAUUUGUGGCUGCAUCACCAGUUCUUGAAGGUGCUGAGUAUCUUGUCAUAUUUGGACCACUCUUUCUCACGUUGCUACUUAUAUUCGUCAGCGGCAUACCAUUACUCGAGGCAUCGUCUGACAAGAAGCAUGGCAAUUCGGGAGCUUACCGAUUCUAUAAGAAAACAACAAGUCCUCUGAUUCCGUUACCGAGAGGAGUGUAUGGGAACUUACCAGGAUGGUGCAAGGCAGUUUUUCUCUUAGAGCUUCCAUUUUACAGCAGAAAUCUCCCUGAAGAAGCUGCUGUUUCAAAGUUAGAGGAGACUCCAAGAACGGCAAAGAGAAAGUAUCAACUGAAAGAUUACUGAUUUGUGAACUCAGUCUGAGUUUCUAUUCCUACAAGACUCCCUGAUGUUAAGUAAAAGAUUGCUGGUAAGAUAUUGAAUUUGGUUUACAUAUUGAACCGUAUCUCAGUUUGUGAUUUGUUAGAUUUAUUUAUAUAUUGGAUCAUGUGUUUAAGUUAGAUGAUUGACUAUAUGUAUAUAAAUACGAUAACAAAGUCGAAUUAUGCAACGAAGUCGGAAAACUUCAGGAACACAA